GUCAGUUACAUUGAAACAAAAGUGGUUCCGCGGCUGCCAGGGCCAGCAUCCCCGGCCCUCCCGCUCGCCGGCGGCUGUCGCCGACAUGGAACCCGUGGCCAGCAACAUCCAGGUCCUGCUGCAGGCUGCGGAGUUCCUGGAGAGGCGCGAGAGAGAGGCGGAGCAUGGCUAUGCGUCCCUGUGUCCACACUACAGCCCCGGCACUGUCUACAAGAGGAGGAAGCGACCCGUGCAAGCUCCUGGUGCGCUGAACAGUGGACGGUCUGUGCACAAUGAGCUGGAGAAACGCAGGAGAGCCCAGCUGAAGCGGUGCCUGGAGCAGCUGAGGCAGCAGAUGCCCCUGGGGGUUGACUGUACCCGAUAUACCACAUUGAGCCUGCUGCGCCGGGCCAGGAUGCAUAUCCAGAAGCUGGAGGAGCAGGAGCAGCAGGCCCAGCGGCUCAAGGAAAAGCUUCGCAGUAAACAGCAGAGCCUACAGCAGCAGUUGGAGCAGCUCCAGGGGCUGCCCCGGGGUGGAGAGAGGGACAGGCCGCGAGCAGACAGCCUGGACUCUUCAGUUCUGUCCUCUGAGCGCUCAGACUCAGACCAAGAGGACGUGGAGGUGGAUGUGGAGAGCCUGGUGUUCGGAACUGAGACUGAGCUGCUUCAGAGCUUCAGUGCUGGCCAGGGGCUCAGCUAUUCACACAGCACCGGUACCUGGCUAUGACGCCAGCUGCCUCUCUCUCUGGACUGAGCCUGCCAGGCAGGGGAGCCCCACACAAGUUCCAAUGUCUGUUUAGAGCCACUUGUUGGGAGACCACAAAGACCCUUGUGUGGGGACAGGACUCUGCACUCUGCUGCACAGCUUGAGCCUGGGACACCUUCCUCAUCCCCCAGGGCAUUUUAUGUAGCCCUUGGCUCUGCUUUGCUGCC